AUGGCCGCCCGUCCUCACCAUUUCCUUCUCCUGGCCGCAUUCCUCCAGCUGCUUGCCACCACAUCGGCGUCGACUGCCGGCGACAUAGCAGCGACAAGCACCAAGAAGGUGCGCGUGGAGGUCUACUACGAGUCGCUGUGCCCCUACUCGGCGCGCUUCGUGGUGAACCAGCUUGCCAGAGCGUUCAAGGACGGUCUCCUCGACGGCGCGGACGUCACCUUCGUUCCCUAUGGCAACGCCAAGGUCGGCGCGUCCGGCGCCAUGUCCUGUCAGCAUGGCUCCGACGAAUGCCUUCUGAACACGGUGGAAGCUUGCGCCAUCGACGCCUGGCCAGAUGUGAAUGUGCAUUUCGGUUUGAUCUACUGUAUCGAGGACAUGGUGGUGAACAACAGGCGUGCCGAGUGGGAGUCCUGCUUCCAGAAGCAGGGGCUUGACGCUAGCCUUGUCACCAAGUGCUACAGGAGUGGGCAUGGCGCCAGGCUCGCGCUCCAGCAUGGGAGACAGACUGCUCAGCUUGUGCCUCCACACAAGUUCGUUCCAUGGGUCGUGGUUGACGGCAAGCCGCUCUACAACGAUUACCGGAACUUUGAAUCUUACGUCUGCAAGGCAUACAAGGGCAAUCCUCCCAAGGCUUGCCAGGGCCUAGGCGAUCAGUAUCCAAUCAUACAACAGGUGGUGGAGCCAGACCACGGCGUAGUCGGUUCCAACUCCGGCGAUAUCGAGCCCUGUCGUGCUUCCGAUGGCGGCGCCGAAGAAAAUAACAUGGUGCUAGCAGACGGUGAUGUUUGAUAUCUUUCCUUUCGGGGAUCUUACAUGUGAACAACAUAGGACAUGCAGUUCGGGUCUUUCUGAUCAGGUUAAUAAUGGAGACUAGAUCUCCCAGUGUGUAAUAAACUCAGUUAGGCCUUGUUUGGCACUAAAGUGUUGUGGGGAUUAGUGAGGUAA